UAUUUCUAUGGUUUGACAUCAUAAUACAACGAAGUCAUAGUAGAUCAGUCUCUAAAUAUAAAAUUCCUAAUUUCUUACAUUUUCACUUACUAAAUAUCUUAAAUAAUUGUGCUGAUAAUGAUUGCGAGCAUUGAUUGUGCUACUUUGCACAAUAACAACUUCAAAGAAAAAACUCCCCGAAAUCAAGAAAUCCAUGGUAUUACAAUAGAUAAAGAUGAACUGAAAGACAUUGUAUAUGAUUUGAUCAGAACUAUCAGAGAUCCAGAAAAACCUCAGACUUUAGAGGAUCUGAAUGUUGUGUAUGAAGAAGGAAUUGAGGUAAAAGGAACGUCUGAUCAUGUAUGCAUAGUACGUAUUGAAUUUAACCCUACAGUACCUCAUUGCUCUUUAGCCACACUCAUAGGAUUAUGCAUCAGAGUAAAACUGGAAAGAAAUGUUCCAUAUCCUUUCAAGCUUGAUAUUUAUAUUAAGGAAGGAGCACAUACCACUGAAGAAGAAAUUAAUAAACAAAUUAAUGAUAAAGAAAGGAUAUCAGCUGCUAUGGAGAAUCCUAGAUUGAAAGAAAUGGUAGAGAAUUGUAUCAAAGAAGAAGACUGACACAUGUAGUAUUUUGAAAAUUGUUAAAGUAUAUACAUCUUUAUAUAUUUAAAAGUAUAAAAACAGAGGUUAUGUGGUUGAAA